AAUAUUUCCGAUGGAGAGAAAGAAGGAUGUUUCCAAAAUGGCUUUUGUCCUGCCGAAAGUUUUGUUGAAUAUUUUACAAUUAUGGCCGAAGGAGGAGAGCAGAAAUACGCCAAUCGCUUUCUUCGUUAAACUGGCUCUGCUUAUCUUUCUUGAGUUGGGACAAGUUAUUUACUUUGUGAUGAACAUCUAUGAUAUAACCACUAUAUCAUCAACUCUGUCGACGAUUUCAACAACGUUUCAGGUAAAAAUGACAAUUAUCAUUUGCAGAUUAAAUGAUAAUCACAAAACUUUGCAGUCUAUAAUAAAAAUAAAUAUUAUUUACGUGCAUUCGGCAAGGUUAAAGGUUAUUAUAGUUAUGGCUUUAAACGAAUUUUGGCCAUCCGAUUUCAUGGGACCUGUUUUGGAGAAAUCGCUGAAAAUGACCUCGAUGUUCGUUAUAUUCAAUAUGAUUUCAUUGAUGGGCAGUGCUUCGAUAUUCGCUUUCGGGUUUCUCUCCAAACCGCUUUUGGAAGGUUCCAACACUUUACCUUUCCUCUCUUGGUAUCCGUUUGAAUACCAAUACUCUCCAGUUUACGAAAUUCUGUACAUCUUGCAAGUUUUCACUAACAUUUACGUGGUUAUCUUAAGUAUUUUAGGCCACGAUUUCAUUUUUCUGGCUCUGUGCAUUAACGUUAUAACUCAAUAUAGGUUACUGAAAAUGAUCAUAGGAUUUACAGGAAGCGGUAAUAACGCGGAUUUGAAUAAAUCGCUCAUGGAAUUGGAUGGUAGUCCAAACGACCAAACUGGAGAGAAUGCAGAAACGAAAAUUUUAAUAAUUAGAUGCGUCAUUCAUCACAACAAACUGCUAUAGUAAUACUUUAAUAAACU